GUUGGUGGACGCCAGUUGUGCGGUUCGCUCGGUGCCUCCUUUCAAUUCAGCUCGAUUCUGGAGCUAGACUAGAAUCUAGAAUCGCGUGCGUGCCGCGUCGUGUGUGUGACAUCCGCCACAUAUAUAUACAUAUAUAUAUGUAUAAUAAUAUAUACGCCUGUCGCAUGUAUAUCUGUGGCACCGUCCCCACCCCCAAAAAAUCCGUACAAAUUGCAAAUUCACAUGCGUAUGUGCAGUGAUUCACCGAUUGAGUGCGUUGGCCCCUUGGCCGAGUGUUGUGAAUACCCAGUGAAUGCCCAGUGAAUGCAGGCUAUAGCCACGACUGUAACCAGAUUGCAUAUAACCCGAUUAUAUAUAUAUAGUGUUGGUAUUUGGUUCUAUGGAUCGUAAGAUCGGUGCUGUGUAGUCGGCCUUUUUGCCCAGUGUUAUGAGCACUUUUGUCGCCGUGCGUGUGUCGGAGGAAAAGAUCACUUUAAAAAUAACAGAUUUGUUUGAUGCUAUUUAUAAUAGACGGGCCAAGUUUUCGUUCCGUUUCGCAUUGUGAGGCUGAGGCCUUUCGGUGUGGUGUUCAGAGAUCUCGGUGGUUCAUUCGUAUCUUUCGGAUUUCCCAGCGUCUUUUAUUCUCUGGCUUUCUAGUACUUUGGCACUCGCCUGCACUUGAACGCCAUUCGAAAUAUCGCGGCAUUAUUAAUUUGACAGCGUUUGUGUGCCAGUGUCGCAAUGUAAACAGCCAAAAUGGCAAGCGGUUUGAUCGACACCAAUUUCAGCAGCACAUUGACAAAUGGGAUGUCGGGGUGUGAUCAAAGCACUGUCGAAUCAUUGGCCGACGAUCCAACAGAUUCACCAUUCGACGCCGAUGAUUGUCUCAAGGUGCGCAAGUACUGGUGCUUUCUGCUGUCCAGCAUCUUUACAUUCCUUGCUGGCCUGCUCGUGGUGCUGCUAUGGCGAGCCUUCGCCUUCGUCUGCUGCCGCAAGGAGCCGGAUUUGGGGCCCAACGACCCCAAGCAGAAGGAGCAGAAGGCCUCCCGCAACAAACAGGAGUUCGAGGGCACCUUUAUGACAGAAGCGAAAGACUGGGCUGGAGAGCUUAUCUCGGGUCAAACAACAACUGGUCGAAUUUUGGUCGUACUCGUGUUUAUACUCAGCAUUGCAUCCCUCAUUAUAUACUUUGUUGAUGCAUCUAGCGAAGAAGUCGAAAGAUGCCAAAAGUGGAGUAACAACAUUACUCAACAGAUCGAUCUCGCAUUCAAUAUAUUUUUUAUGGUUUACUUUUUUAUACGAUUCAUAGCGGCGUCCGAUAAGCUUUGGUUUAUGUUAGAAAUGUACAGUUUUGUAGAUUAUUUUACAAUACCCCCGUCCUUCGUAUCAAUAUAUUUAGAUCGAACAUGGAUCGGUCUUCGAUUUCUUCGAGCGCUACGUCUCAUGACUGUUCCAGAUAUUUUACAAUAUUUAAACGUACUAAAAACAUCGAGCUCCAUACGCUUGGCUCAACUAGUAUCAAUUUUUAUAUCCGUGUGGUUAACAGCAGCGGGCAUUAUACAUCUGCUGGAGAACUCUGGCGAUCCGCUGGAUUUUAAUAAUGCUCAUCGUUUAUCGUAUUGGACCUGUGUCUAUUUCCUAAUUGUGACCAUGUCAACGGUAGGAUAUGGUGACGUUUACUGUGAGACUGUCCUGGGAAGAACAUUUCUCGUGUUCUUUCUGCUCGUCGGCUUGGCGAUUUUUGCAAGUUGUAUACCUGAGAUUAUAGACUUGAUUGGAACAAGAGCCAAAUAUGGGGGCACAUUAAAAAAUGAAAAAGGGCGAAGACAUAUUGUGGUAUGCGGUCAUAUAACAUACGAAUCCGUGUCGCAUUUCCUGAAGGACUUCCUCCACGAAGAUCGGGAGGAUGUCGAUGUCGAAGUGGUCUUUCUCCAUCGUAAACCACCCGAUUUGGAACUUGAGGGUUUGUUCAAACGUCAUUUUACCACCGUGGAGUUCUUCCAAGGAACCAUUAUGAAUCCGAUCGAUCUUCAGAGGGUUAAGGUUCAUGAAGCCGACGCCUGCCUCGUGCUAGCUAACAAAUAUUGCCAAGAUCCCGACGCAGAAGAUGCUGCCAACAUCAUGAGAGUCAUCUCGAUCAAAAACUACAGCGACGACAUUCGAGUCAUCAUCCAGCUGAUGCAGUACCACAAUAAGGCGUACCUGCUGAACAUACCAUCGUGGGACUGGAAACAGGGCGACGAUGUCAUCUGCCUGGCCGAACUCAAGCUGGGCUUCAUUGCCCAGAGUUGUUUGGCGCCCGGGUUCUCGACCAUGAUGGCCAACCUGUUCGCCAUGAGAUCGUUCAAGACGUCACCAGACACACAGGCCUGGCAAAAUGAUUAUCUUCAAGGUACAGGGUGUGAGAUGUACACCGAAACCCUAUCACCUUCAUUUACCGGCAUGACAUUCCCACAAGCCAGCGAACUGUGUUUCUCCAAACUGAAGCUCCUGCUGCUGGCCAUCGAGAUCAAGGGCGCCGAGGAGGGGGCGGACAGCAAGAUUUCCAUCAACCCGCGGGGGGCCAAAAUCCAGGCCAACACCCAGGGUUUCUUCAUAGCACAAAGCGCCGACGAGGUGAAGCGUGCCUGGUUCUACUGCAAAGCCUGUCAUGAGGACAUCAAGGACGAGACGCUGAUCAAGAAAUGCAAAUGCAAAAACUUGACUGUUCAGCCCAGGAGCAAAUUCGAUGACUUAGAUGUGGGCAUGAUUAUGAUGCAGACGGGCAUGGUCAACCAAGGCAUCACGUCGGUGAUGAAUACAAUGGAGGAUGAACACCAUCCUGCACCCACAUUUACGCCUCCAGAGCUGCCCAAGCGGGUGCAUGUGCGUGGAUCUGUAUCGGGUGAUAUCACUCGUGACAGAGAAGAUACGAAUCUACUCAAUCGCAAUGUGCGCCGUCCGAAUGGCACCGGCAACGGUACAGGUGGCAUGCAUCACAUGAACAACACGGCAGCGGCGGCUGCAGCAGCUGCGGCGGCGGGGAAACAGGUGAACAAGGUGAAGCCCACGGUGAAUGUGAGCCGGCAGGUGGAGGGCCAAGUGAUAUCGCCAUCGCAGUACAACAGGCCACCAGAGAAUGAUGCUAACCCUUAUGCGGGCUAUCAACUUGCUUACGAAGUUAAAAAGCUCAUGCCGACGAGUCGCAGUUCCGGCACGGGCACUCAGAAUCAAAACGGCGGCGUAUCCUUGCCCGCCGGCAUUGCGGACGACCAGUCGAAGGACUUUGAUUUCGAGAAGACCGAAAUGAAGUACGACUCGACGGGCAUGUUCCACUGGAGUCCGGCAAAGAGCUUAGAAGACUGCAUACUGGAUCGCAACCAGGCGGCCAUGACCGUGCUGAACGGCCACGUGGUCGUGUGCCUGUUUGCCGAUCCCGAUUCGCCGCUGAUCGGGCUGCGAAAUCUGGUGAUGCCGCUGCGGGCGUCCAACUUCCACUACCACGAGCUGAAGCACGUGGUCAUCGUGGGCUCGGUGGACUACAUCCGACGCGAGUGGAAGAUGCUGCAGAACCUGCCCAAGAUCUCGGUGCUCAACGGAUCGCCGCUGAGUCGCGCCGACCUGCGGGCGGUGAAUGUCAAUCUGUGUGAUAUGUGCUGCAUCCUGUCGGCGAAAGUUCCUAGCAACGACGAUCCCACGCUGGCCGACAAGGAGGCCAUCCUCGCCUCGCUGAACAUCAAGGCCAUGACCUUCGACGACACGAUCGGUGUGCUCAGCCAGCGCGGCCCGGAGUUCGACAACCUGAGCGCCACCGCCGGCAGUCCCAUUGUGCUGCAGCGGAGGGGCUCGGUCUAUGGCGCCAAUGUGCCCAUGAUAACAGAACUGGUCAAUGAUAGUAACGUGCAGUUUCUCGAUCAAGACGACGACGAUGAUCCAGAUACAGAACUAUAUCUGACGCAGCCUUUCGCCUGCGGCACAGCCUUCGCUGUGAGUGUGUUAGACUCGCUGAUGUCCACGACCUACUUCAAUCAAAACGCCUUAACGCUGAUCCGCUCACUGAUAACGGGCGGCGCCACGCCCGAGCUGGAACUGAUCCUGGCCGAGGGAGCUGGCCUCCGGGGAGGCUACAGCACCGUGGAGAGUCUGAGCAAUCGAGACAGAUGUCGAGUGGGUCAAAUCUCACUGUACGACGGUCCGUUGGCUCAAUUUGGGGAGUGCGGCAAGUACGGGGAUCUGUUUGUGGCAGCCCUCAAGUCGUACGGAAUGCUGUGCAUCGGACUAUACCGCUUCAGGGACACCAGCUCCAGUUGUGAUGCGAGCAGCAAACGUUAUGUAAUAACCAACCCACCCGAUGACUUUUCACUACUGCCAACAGAUCAGGUAUUCGUUUUAAUGCAAUUCGAUCCGGGCCUGGAGUACAAGCCGCCAGCGGUACGAGCACCUGCCGGCGGACGAGGCACCAACACACAGGGUUCCGGGGUCGGUGGGGGCGGCUCCAACAAGGAUGAUAACUCUUGAUUGUUACUGUGUAGCGCCUUAACUGAUGGUCCUUAUUCGUACAUUUGAACGAUGGAGAAGCUAAUCGAGGGCAGGGCAGCGCAUUUGUGGCACCGCAUCCACAACUACCUAUUGGCAUAAGAUAUUUGAUACUCGACAAAUCGGCAGCGAAAAGAAAAGACAUAUUUGUAUGUAAAUCGAUUGUACCGUGUACAAAAUCAAGUGAAAUCAAAAGCGUUAAUAAGUUAGAGUAUACGAUCAUAACUUGCGUGCCAUGAAAUGCGCUGCUCUGCUCAUUUAUGUGUGUGAAGGCAUGCGGCUCGGUGUAUUUUGUCCAUCCAAACUAACAAUCAAGAGACAACCGGAACCGGAACCACUGACCACCAGAUCAACGUCGACGGCAACGCCGCCUGUCUCCACACAUAUAAAAUAUAGCUAAUCCGGAUCGGGGGACCAAGAACUAUAGCCCUGAUAUCCAUCGUUCAACUGCCAACUGAUUGCUUCCCACAUCAUUCCGUAUGCCUUUUUAGAACCUUGAAAUUAUCAUAUUCUGUAUAUCUAUAAUUUUAGUCUUGCCACUACAUUGGUUGACUUUCUAUCCUUGUUUAUCCCUAUUAUUUUGUAUUCAACAUUGUGUGCCCCCCAAUAAAAUAUUCUUAUUAUUAUUUGA